AUGGCUAGCUACUUUACUAAGAGUAUUGUGUCUUUGGCCUCAAGUAGUUCUGUCCCUCUCACGCGCGGAAAAGUCACUAAUAUGUCUAUUAGCUUGAGAAAAGAUCCGGUCAUAUAUAGCGCAUCUCAUCGUUUGACUCCAAACUCUUUCAUCAAACUUCUUCCAUUUGGCACUAAAACUAUAGCUUCCUGCGGGAUCUCAAGUACCUAUAUCUUUUAUUACGAUAUUCAAGUUGGUCAUCAAUUUAGAACUUUUCAUUCCGACGUUGCCAAAGUGCCUAGCUUCGACGAAUAUAGAUUAAAAGACACCAAGGAUCCCACUUCAAAUACUUUUGAGUCUGAGAUGGAUCGAAAGUUCUACAUGUACACAAUGGCAUUGGGUUGCACCGUUAUGGGCACCGUUGCUGCGAAAUAUACUAUAAAGACAUUUCUUUGGACCUUAGGUCCUGGGCUAAAUGCUAAACAAGCCGGAAAAGUCGAGAUUAAAUUAGACGCUAUCCCUGAGGGUAAAAAUCUUGUCAUCAAAUGGAGGAGCAAACCAUUGUUUAUUAAACAUCGAUCCGAAGAAGAAAUCGCAAGGGAACGCGCUGUUCCUCUAUCUUCACUUCGAGAUCCCGAAACAGACGAACAACGCGCUCAAAAAGGAAAGUGGCUUAUCUGCUUAGGCGUUUGUACACAUCUUGGAUGCAUCCCGAUAGCGAACUCUGGUGAUUUUUCUGGUGGCUACUAUUGUCCUUGCCAUGGAAGUCAUUACGAUGCUUCAGGAAGAAUCCGAAAAGGGCCAGCUCCUAAAAAUCUAGAGGUCCCACCUUAUAGUUUCUUGUCCGAUGAUGUUGUGCUUGUUGGGUAA